UGCUAAUUGAAGGAGAGAUCCCUGAACUUUUAAUUUCCUGAUUUUGAUCCAUCAAAUCAUCAGGUCAAGGCAAUAGGGUCCCUCAGGCUUCCAUCCACUAGCCCCUCUAAUUAUCAUGUGAUUUGAACGUCUAUGACGAUUACCUCUCAAUUUUCAUGCAAAAAACCUUAAGCACCCAAAAGAAGGCAGUGUACUGCCUUGAGUUGAUAGUCUAAGGGAUUAAAAUCAGAAAAUUAAUAGUUCAGGGGCGUAGUUGGAUUUGACCAAAAGUCUCAGGGGUCUCUCGACUGAUUAGCCUAUGAUUUAAUGACGAAUCUUUUUAGCAGCGUUUUUAUUGUAGAAAAUGGCAUCCUCUCGUUAUUGAAAAAAAUCCACUCUCGUUCGCUCACUCACAAGUGAAUCAGCCACUCAUGGCUUCAUCAGCUCUGUGUCUCAAAUUUUUCUCUUCUUGCACUCCCAUAACAUCCUCCUUAAACCCAACAACAAAAAAGCAUGGUAAUACUACCUUAAACAAUGCCCAGAUAACAACCCCUUCAUUUAUGUUUGCAAACAACAACAACAAAGAACUUGCGGUGUUAACAAACCCCAUUUCGCAAUCCAAUGCCACCACCAAUGUUAAAGUGCCAACACCUCCAUGGAUAAAGGGUCCUCUCGUUCUGCAACCCCACGAACUCCUUAACCUCACCAACCCCAAAAACAAGAAGCCAAUAAAGAAUGACAAGAUUGAAAAAGAUGACAAGGCUUUGACUGCUAAAGAAAGUGGGGUUAGAGGCAAUAAAGCAAUGAUACAGAUUGUUAAAAGUGUUGAAAGACUGCAAAGAGACGAAAACUUGAAGGACACCCAAGAGAUUUCUGAGAGUGGAGAGAGUUUAAAGCAGCUAGGAAAAGAAAGGAUUUUAAAUGUUUUUGGUGAUAAAAGGAUUGUAAGAAGUACUGAAAAACUCCAAAAAGAUCAAAACUUGAAGGAAACCCCAGUGAAUUCUGGGGGUUUUGAGAUUGGAGAGGGUUUAAAACAGCUUAACGGAGAUGGGGUUUUGGGGUUUAGGGGAAAAAAGCUGCCAUGGGUGAGAGAAGAGAGAGUUGGGAAUUGGAGAAUGAAAAAAGAGAAGCUGGUUAGCAAGGCCGAGUUGAGUCUUGAUAAGGAGUUACUUGAGAGAUUGAGAGGAGAGGCUGCAAAGAUGAGGACUUGGGUAAAGGUGAAGAAAGCUGGGGUGACACAGAGUGUAGUUAAUGAGAUAAGAUUGACUUGGAGAACGAGUGAGCUGGCUAUGAUGAAAUUCUAUAUGCCUUUGUGUAGAAAUAUGAAUAGAGCAAGAGAUAUUGUUGAGAUGAAGACAGGAGGCUUGGUUGUUUGGACCAGAAAAGAUAUUCAUGUUGUUUAUAGAGGAUGCAAUUAUCAGGGGAAGAAAAACUUUAAUACGGCUACAAUCGAGGAAAGUUUUCCCAGAAAUGGUGUAGAAGAAGAGUCUAUAUCAGCUGGCAUCUUAAUGGAAGCAGAUUUAAAUACACAACCAAUUAAUGGAUCACUGUUUGAGAGAGAAACUGAUAGAUUAUUAGAUGGCUUAGGACCUUGUUUUGUUGACUGGUGGAUGCGAAAGCCAUUGCCAGUAGAUGCAGAUUUGCUUCCAGAAGUAGUUAAAGGAUUCAGGCCUCCAUCAAGGAUUUGUCCUCCACGUAUGAGAUCAAAGUUGAAAGAUGAUGAACUGACAUACUUGAGAAAGCUUGCUCAGUCUCUACCUACACAUUUUGUCCUUGGGAGGAACAGAAGACUUCAGGGCCUAGCUGCUGCUAUCUUAAAGUUGUGGGAAAAGACUAUUAUAGCUAAAAUUGCUGUGAAGUGGGGAGUUCCAAAUACCAACAAUGAGCAAAUGGCAGAUGAGCUUAAGAGUCUCACUGGAGGAGUUCUGCUGCUUCGGAAUAAGUUCUUUAUAAUACUUUAUAGAGGCAAAGACUUUCUUCCUGGCCAAGUUGCAACUGUAAUAGUGGACAGAGAAAUUGCACUUCGAAAAUGCCAAACCAACGAAGAACGUGCAAGAAUGAAAGCAAUUGAAACUUCUUAUAUGCCUGGCGGACCAACCAACACAAGCAGAAGUGGAACUUUACAUGAAUUUCAGGAAUUCCAAAUCAAAUUUCAGAAGACGGCAAAAGGGGACUCUGAAAUUCAAUUAGAAGCUUAUAAGGAAAAACUAGAGAGGGAAUUGAGGAAUCAAGAAUACAGGCUUUGCAUUCUUAAAAGCAAGAUAGAGAAGCCAGCGAGGGACUUGUCAAAGUUGAAUUCUGCAUGGGUACCUAGUCCACGGGAUGCAGACCAAGGAAUAAUGACAGAAGAGGAAAGAGAAUGCUUCCGGAAGAUAGGGCUGAAGCUACGUGGCAGCUUAGUGCUUGGGAGGCGUGGGGUCUUUGAGGGUGUUAUGGAAGGUCUGCAUCAGCACUGGAAGCACAGAGAAGUGGUGAAGGUGAUUACAAUGCAGAGAGUGUUUUCCCAGGUUAUUCACACUGCAACAUUGCUUGAAGCAGAAAGUGAUGGGAUCCUAGUUUCAGUGGACAAGCUAAAAGAAGGUCAUGCCAUAAUUAUUUACCGUGGAAAAAAUUACAAACGCCCUCUAAGGCUUCUAAAGAAGAAUCUUUUAACCAAAAGAGAAGCAUUAAAGAGAUCUCUUCUAAUUCAGAGAGUUGGGUCGUUGAAGUUUUUUGCAAAUCAGAGAGAGCGUGUGAUCUCAGAUUUGAAACUCAAACUGGCAGAGCUUCAUAGAUCCAAGGAAAAACAUCUUAAAAGUGAUAUACUAUGAGCUAAUAGUAGAUCACAUAGUGAUUCCUCAUGAUAUAAGGGAGUGCAGUGAAGAUUUUUGAUAGGGAGGACUUCCCCACUUCUUCAAUAUCAUACUAGAAACAUCCUGAUAUCUGGGUACAAUCUCCUGAACUGAUGGCUUGUUUCAUUAACGAAUUGAUAUGGAACAAUGAAAGGGUAAGCUAGAUUGUUUGAAGUUGAGGCCAAAAUAUGUGAUGUGCAUUCAUUGAUGGCAUCAUCUGUUAAGAAAACUUGUCUUUCAUUGCAGCCUAUGCCAUAUCCUUAGUAAAUGCGAAGAGUCAAUUUAGACAACUCUGAAGGCAGGGUGCCAGAGAGGUUUAUUGAGGAGUCUUUACCAGAGGUAACACAUUGCACACCAAUCCAGUUGGUGCAGAAGCCUUUGGAGGACACAUUGGAUCAGCCUGAUGGCAAGGGGUUCAGGGAAUUAGCUACUUUCAGCAUGACAGCAACACCAUCGGCCGUGACAGAUGAGAGAAUGAGGUGGAAACUGAGAUGAUGACUCAUUGAGGGAAUUGAAUAGAUAAGGCGAUAGAAAUGAACAAUCUAGAGACCCUCUAAGGCUUAUUGGGUUUUGAAGAGGAUGGGAUUUUCAUUUCAUCUUUUCUUUUUUCUUGUCAGCUAAGAGGUUACAGCCAAUGCUAGGAUUUCAAGAAGAUAAAUCAGUCCCUUGAUUAUUUUUGGAUGCCGUUAACACAUCUUAACUGGUUAAAAAAACUAAAGUACACACCGUUAACACAUAUUAACUGGUUAAAAAAACUAAAAUACACAUUAUGUACUAACAGGAACGAAGGCUAAGUAGAUUUGAAGAACUUAGGUAGAAAAAUAUUCUUAGCGAAGGCUGCUGUCAGGUUUGACUCUGCUAGUUGCUUCUGAAUCAAAAUUUUCAUUUUGAGUAUUUUUGCUUAUUGUUUGA